AAGAUCACAAACAAGAAAAGUCAAAGUCUUGUGGCUAAUCAACUAUGCAUAGUCCUCAUAUGUUAUCCAUUCUUCUUCUUUAAGAGUAAAGAACCUCAAAUAAGAAAGAAGAAGCAAAUUAAAGAGGGUGUAGGAAAUAAAAAAUGGCAGAUGGAGCUGUAAAUUUCUUACUAGUAUCUCUACUUGAAAAGGCAUCACAAUUUACUGAUCUUCAAGAUGAAAUUGAAGAAAUGAGGUUAGAUCUGGAGAGCAUGAGAUCCUUACUAAGAGAUGCAGACAGACGAAAGAAGAUUAAUCGACAUGUAGAAACAUGGAUAAGGCAGGUAAGAGAUGUUGCAUUUAAAGCAGAAGAUGUAAUAGAUGAAUAUAUUCAUUACAAAUCACAAUGUAGAAAUGGGUAUUUAGAUUUUCUCCAUGAUAUGGUCAAUCUCCCAAAGAAUAUGAUUGUAACUUACCAACUCAAUUCCAAGCUGCAGAAGAUCAAGAAACAAAUACAUAACGUGGCUACGAGAAGCAAAGAUCACAGUUUCGAAAAGAUUGAUGAAAGAUCAACAUCCCUUGACAGAUGGAAGAAUUCUGGAGAAACAUGUGUUUUUCUUGAUGAAGAUGAAAUACUAGGAAUGGAUGAAAACAUGGAAAAUCUCUUGCGGUUGAUAAAUGAAGAUUCAGAUCAACGGACUGUUAUUUCCAUUGUUGGAAUGGGUGGUGUUGGUAAGACUACCCUUUUAACAAAAGUUUAUAAUGAUCACAUUGAGAAGAGAGAAUUUGAUGUUUGGGCAUGGUUAUCAGUAACUCAAAUUUACACUGAAGAUGAACUCUUAAGAAGCUUGAUCAAAGAACUCUCGAAUACAACCCAAGUAGGAUCUCCAAGAAACUUGGGCUCGAUGAGUACUCGGAAUCUCAUAGAAAUGCUCAUCAAUAUGUUGCGUGACAAGAGGUAUGUUAUUGUUUUAGAUGAUGUUUGGAGCAUAGAACUUUGGAGUAGAAUUAGAUACGCAUUUCCUGAUAAUAAAAUGGGUAGUAGAGUUAUUUUCACUACAAGGAAUGAAAAUGUAGCUUCAUCGAUAGGUCCAGGAAGUCGUAUUCAUCGACUUAUGCCUCUUGGAGAUAACUAUGCAUGGAUGCUCUUUCGCAAGAGGGCAUUUUGGGAUCACCCGAGUCAUAUUUGUCCAACAGAACUUCAGACUUCAGCUUGGGCAAUUAUGAAAAGCUGUCAAGGACUUCCACUUGCCAUUGUGGCAAUUGGAGGGCUUAUGAGUUCAAAGGAAAAGACAACUUUAGAGUGGAGGAAAGUAUAUCAUAGUCUCAAUUGGCAUUUGAAUAACAACCCAAUGCUUGGAGAUAUGAAGGCUGUUUUGUUACUAAGUUUCAAUGAUCUGCCUUUCUAUUUAAACCACUGCUUUCUUUACUGUUGUGUGUUCCAUGCCGGUUAUUCAAUCAAGAGAAAGAAGUUAAUUCGCCUUUGGAUUGCAGAAGGGUUCGUUAUCCCGAGAAAAGGGAUCACAAUGGAGGAGGUAGCAGAAGAAUAUCUUACAGAACUUAUCUUUCGAAGCAUGAUUCAAGUAACAGAGUUCAAUGUUUCUGGAAGGGUAAAAGCGUGUAGAGUUCAUGAUGUUAUGCGUGAACUAGCUGUUACAACAUCAGAAGAAGAGAAUUUCUGCACAAUACAUGAUAGUCAAGAGCCUAUAAAAGAUGGAAACUUCCAAAGGAUAUCAAUAGUAAAUAGAGGCGAGUCAGUCCGACUAAGCAAAAGGGUCUCGAGACAUCUCCGUUCUCUUUUUGUCUUUGAAACAGAUAACCGUUUCUCAUUCUGUUUAGAAGCUACAUCAUCAAACUUUAAGUUCUUAAGGGUUCUAGAUGUACAAGGAGUUCUCAUUGAAAAAAUACCCAAGAUAUUGCCUAGUCUAUUCAAUUUGAGGUAUUUGAACAUAAGGGAUACUAUGGUUAAGGAAUUUCCAAUGUCAAUUGAGAGGCUAACAAACCUUCAAACAUUGGAUAUAAGAAAUACCCAUUUGGAGAAGCUUCCAAAAGGAGCCACAAAGUUGCCAAGACUGCGACACCUUUUCAUGUCCGAUUUUCCUGCUGGCAUGAAUGUUCAAGCUGAAAUUUGCACUUUACGAAGCUUACAAACCCUGACAUGCGUUGAAGCAGAGGAACAACUAAUCCAGAAAAUUGGCAACUUAAUUGAGCUUAGAAGACUGGAUAUUACAAAUUUACAAGCAGUUGACGGACCAAGACUGUGUAAUUCAAUUCAGAGAUUGACAAGCCUAUGUUGUUUAGGUAUUAAGGCGAUUUCUAUGGACCAACAACUUCAGCUUGAAGGUCUAAGUCUACCCCCACCAUUUCUUCAGAAGCUGACAAUCAUAGGGAGGUUGAAUAACAUACCACAUUGGUUUGGAUUCUUAGAUAAACUAACCCAUUUGUGUUUGGGCUACUCUGGACAAAAAGAAGACAUUCUUUCUUCCCUUCAUGUCCUCUCAAAUCUGGUGUUCCUAGAAUUAAAGCAUGCAGCAUAUGAUGGGACAAUCCUGCACUUCAAGAGAGGUUGGUUUCCUAGACUCAUUAAAAUGUGCUUAGAGGAUCUAGAAAGAUUGGACUGUGUUAAAAUAGAGGAGACUGCAAUAUCCAACAUCAAAGAAAUGUGCCUAGUUCAUUGUCCAGAGUUAAAGCUAUUGCCACAAGGAAUUGAAAAUCUUACCAGCCUCCGACAAUUGCACGUGGAACACAUGUCCGAAGAGUUUAUUGAAAGACUGCUGAAUGACCCACACGAGAGUCAUCCAAAGGUACAACACAUAACCACAAUUACUAAUGUAUUCAUGAAAGAACAUUGUCACGGAGUUGAAACACCUUCUUAGAAAAAUUGUCGCAAGAUAAUUUAUUGAUGAGUUGUAUUCUGCAAUUAGGUAGCUAGAAUUUAUUGAUGUAAAAACAACUAUUUUUUUGGGGGGAAACUACUUUUCCAAUAGAGACACUAUCAUCAGCAGUUUUGCAAAAUUUUCCAACUGCAGAAAGUAUUGUUAUCCAUGUUGCAAUUUACAAGUAGAUGAUCCAUUAUAGGAUUUCCUUUUCCUCAUCUUGUCUAGUUGAUUAAUCUUCUUUUU